UAUAAAAGGCAGCUUUCGAUUCUAGGGUCUAACCCUUCUUUAAAAGCUCCACAUCUCUCAAAAACCAAAACCAUUUUUUAAAAUAAAAAAUUUUAAAGUUUGAUUUUAAAUUUUUAAUGGAGGAGCAUCUCAACCCUCUUGCUAUCACUCAUCUUCUUCAACACACUCUCAGAAGUUUAUGCAUUCAUGAAAAUUCUCAGUGGGUUUAUGCUGUUUUUUGGAGGAUCUUACCUAGAAAUUACCCUCCACCCAAAUGGGAUACUCAAGGAGCUUAUGAUAGGUCAAGAGGAAACAGAAGAAACUGGAUAUUGGUUUGGGAAGAUGGUUUCUGCAAUUUUUCAGCAUCAGCAGCUGAUCAGAUGAACGGUAGUGAUUGUCCGAGUUCAUCGGUUUAUGCAAACUGUGAAUUUCAACCUUAUCAAGGUCUUCAACCUGAGCUUUUCUUCAAGAUGUCUCAUGAAAUUUAUAAUUAUGGAGAAGGAUUGAUUGGUAAAGUGGCAGCUGAUCAUAGUCAUAAAUGGAUUUACAAAGAACCAAAUGAUCAAGAAAUUAAUUUCUUGUCUUCAUGGCAUAACUCAGCUGACUCACAUCCAAGAACAUGGGAAGCGCAGUUUCAGUCUGGUAUAAAGACUAUAGCCUUGAUUGCAGUUAGAGAAGGUGUUGUUCAACUAGGAGGCGUCCACAAGGUAAUUGAAGACCUGAGCUAUGUAGUUGUAUUAAGAAAGAAAUUCAGCUACAUUGAAAGCAUUCCCGGUGUACUCCUACCACACCCAUCAUCCUCUGCAUUUCCCUACAAAGUUGAUCUUGAUCACCAUGGCUACGCAGCACCACCAGACACGUGGCAUUAUCAUCAAGCCGCCGCUACAAUUGCACCGCCUCCGCCGUCCGAUCAUCAGUAUUAUCACGACCACCAUUUAAACCAUCAAAUUCCAUUCAAGAUUACACCAUCCAUGAGCAGCCUCGAAGCCUUACUUUCAAAACUCCCGUCAGUUGUUCCGCCACCUCCACCGCCGCCGCCAGCUGGUAACUCCGAAUACUGUAAUAACUCUGAUCAGCCGCAGUAUGUAUCUGAGUUCAUGGGAAUGGAGAAAAUAACAAAGGAAGAGAUUGAAGAAGAAGAUUAUAACAGAAGUCACCAUGAACAUGAUCGUAUCGGUGAGAGUAGCAGUUCCAUGUCAGCUUACCGGAGACAGCAAUUUCAUCAGCACCAUGGCCAUGAUUUGAAUGUUACAUCCAAUAAUGGGUAUUUUGAAUGAUUUAUAUAUUACUAUAUAAAUGCAUAUAUUUUAUUGUAUUGUUAUAUGCAUAAAUAUUAUAUACAAUUAGGGUAUGUAAUAAUGUAGGGAUGAAGCAGGAGUAUUUUUUUCCUUAGUUUGUGGGUUAUAUUGCAAAUGUUUCUUGUCUAAGGGCUUAGUUUUAGGUAUGUUUGGCUACUGUGAAAGCUUUGUCCUAGUAUAUAUUAUUUAUAAGAUUUUUAUAUAAGAUA